AUGCAAAACUUUUCCCUUCCUAAGAAAAUCCCCAAAGACAAAGUUGACUUCCAGGUAAACCCCCGCGCGGAUGCCGUUCGCUCUAAGCUGAUCUAUACGUUUUACCUGAUCGAUCACUUUGAGGGGCUGAGCCAUGCGGUGCCACGGUAUAACAUACAAGACUUUGUGGACGCCAAGAAGCGAAAGAAAAUGAUGCUCAUGGAUCACCACCAGCUGGUUCGCUUCCACGUCGUGCCCACCCGGAAUAUCAUGGUGACUCAAGAGAAUCGCUGGCGCAACCGUAUCGAAGUGCGUUGCAGCCGUUGGCCCCCGUACAAGAUGUGGGUGUCUUCAGUCCUCAACAGCCCAACGUUCAAGGGCUUUAUCAUCUUUCUUAUCUUCAUGAACAUGGUAGUCCUCAUGGUCUCGACGGAGAUAAUGGGGCUAAGGGGAAUCACCUACGUGAAAAUUACCAAUGCUCUGGAGGUGAUCCUUUGGGUCAUUUUAGAUAUCUUUCUGAUAGAGAUUGGGUUGCAUUGGUUUGUGAGCUUUCAGAGAUACUGGAAAAAUUCCUGGAAUAUCUUUGAUUUCAUAGUGACCGUGGUCUCCCUUAUACCAGAAAUAAUAGUCCCAAUUCAGAAGAGUCGCAGUAUGGCAACUCUCCAAAUUCUGCAGUUAUGCCGUGUACUGCGUUGCCUAAAACUCUUUCCUAGAGUCCGUCAAGUCCGGGUUCUCAUCAUGGCUAUUGCCAAAGCCCUCAAAGCAAUGGCCUUCAUUUUGGUUCUCCUUGCCUUCCUCUUCUACGUCUUUGCUGUGUCGGGCAUCUUCUUUUUUGAGAGUUACACCAAUUCAGACGACAUGGAUCUGACUUACAACAUGUAUUUCAUGGACAUGCCCAACGCUCUAGUAACCAUCUUCAUUCUCUUCACCAUGGACCACUGGUACGCCCUCUUACAAGAUUUGUGGAAAGUCCCAGAUAUAAACAAAGUGAUCAGUGGUAUAUUCAUCUGCUUGUGGCUUCUGAUCGGGGCAUUUAUUUUUAGGAAUCUCUUCGUUGCCAUUAUGGUCACCAAUUUCCAGAACAUCCGAAGUGACCUAAGUGAAGAGGUGAGACAGAUCGAGACUCAGACGCAAGCUGACAAAUUCAAAAUGGAGAUCAUGGAGAAGAGAUUCAGCCAGAUCCGAUCAGCUAUGGACAGAGACAUUACGUUCAGAGAAAGGUUCACCAUGGAUCCCGCAUUAAUUCAAAAUGCAGACUAUCCAGAUACCACGCACGAUGAAAUGCCUCCUGGAAUUUUGGACUGGGAGACUUACAUCCACAAGAACCUGCCAGGACUCUAUGCUGCUGACGAAGAUGAACAAGUGCUUUGGCCACGUGACUCCCUCUUCUGCUACUUUGAGUUGUUGGAGAAGCUGCAGUAUAAUUUAGAGGAACGCAAGCAACUUCAGCAAUACAUGGUGUUGGCUCUUUCCAACCUUGAGGACAAGUAG